UUUAUUAUCAUUAUACGGGGAAACUUUUGAGAGUGUGUAGUGUGGGUGAUGCUGCCUCAUUUUCUCUCGCCGUAUAUCGAGAAAAUGACCUGAAUUAAUCAACGAAAGAUGACCUUCUGAGACGAGAUGAUGAGCGUCUGUUUUAACACCGCAUUCGAGCUGUAAAAGCAUCAUAAGCUCCCCUAAUGUCUUACAGACCACAAACCCUCUUGUAUUUAUAUAAUCAGCCCGUUUUAUCUGUACGUAUUUAAUUAUUUAAAUAACGCAUAAACCCGUGGUUAUGUAAAUAAGAGCUGGUGCUUUCGUUUACACCACUUUCAUCGAUGAUUAAACGCUGCUAAAGUGAAUUCGAGCCCAAUUUCAUUCAUACUGCUCGAUUUUGAAUUAACAUUAAUGCUAAUCUUGUAUAUUGUCUCAUAAGCGCUCGCGAGGAUCAUUGUGAUGCGGGACACAGGCCUCAUUCUGUCACGACAUCGCCACUGGUACAAACACAGCACUUUAAUCAAACUUCAUGUCAGAAUAUCGUUUAUAAGUGUCUGUAUGUCUCUAGGGGUUCAUUAUGGACAUCACUAAAACGCUUUACCUAUAUCUGUAUUUGUGGCAAUGUGUCUGAAUAUACACUUAGUCUUUUAUCACAAAGCAGUGGCUUCUUGUUUUCGUUUUUGUGUUUGUUGUUUAGCCGCGUCUCGUUUCUUUUUCUCCGUUUUAUAUGUUAAAUGUGAUCGUGUAAGAGUGAAGUUCUCUGAAAGAGACGGAGAAACCGAGCUAGAGCAGAUAUGAGCUGUUUUAUGCUGAGUUGCGGUGUUUUAGUGUUGGAGAAGUUUUAUAAAAUGUGGAUAUAUAUAUUUAUGUGUGUGUAGCAGCGCGUGGUCAUGUGUGGAGGUUAGCCUCCAUGCUAACCGAUUCCCACAUAUCCCUGUUUCUUUAUUCACAUAUCCCGUCUGAUACUUUUAAAGUAACGUUAUGUGUUGCUUUUAGUGACGUUGUGUGGAAGCACGGCCUUUCUGAAUGAAAUCAGUUUUAAGUUUGAUGUUUACUGUAGUUGCGAGGGUAAUGAUGGACGCGCAUACAAUAAUUAGUGCCGGAUUUAAUAUAAAUGCAUACAUCUAAAGGGCCGUACACACCGGGACGAAUAUCGGCGCGCGUUAUUCGCCAGCGUUUUCCAACACGUUUUUUGUGUUCACACCCAAGCGAUUUUCGCUGACGAUGAGCCGAGUGAACAUGCAAAUUCAUUCCCUGACAUUAGAUGGCGCUUAAUGUAAAACAGAAAUACCCCUGUACACAAGGUGGCGCUGCGCAACUUUACGCUUCUUAAACUCGCUUUUCACUCAGAAGAAGAGUGCAAGUAUUUACGCGCUUGUCAGAAUCAUACAAAGAAAACAUGAAUAUUUCAAGCACCAGUAACUCUAGCUCCAGUUCCAGCGAUGAAGAAAUUAUUGUUCUGUUGAAUGAGGAAAGACGCCGGAAAAGACGCCGAUUUUGGGUACAUCCCAUAGUUACGAGAAGAGAAGAACAUGGGGAGUUUUAUCGACUGGUACAAGAGCUGAAAAUGUAUCAUGAGCGUUUUCGGGGGUAUUUUAGAAUGUCCGUCAGUGAGUUCGAAAAUUUACUUCAACAACUGGCUCCCUUGCUGACGAAAGAACAGACACACUACCGUAAACCAAUCGACCCAGAACAGCGUUUGGCCGUGUGUUUACGUUUUCUAAGCACUGGGGACUCGUACCGCUCUAUUGCGUUCAGCUUUCGACUUGGUGUGUCAACUGUGGCUUCGAUAGUGAGUGAAACCUGUGAUGCAUUGUGGCACUGCCUCAGAGAUGAACAUUUGCCAGUGCCUACUGAAGAGAUGUGGAGGAGUACAGCCAGGAGAUUCCAUGAAAGAUGGAAUUUCCCUAACUGCUUGGGAGCCAUGGAUGGGAAACACAUAUUCAUCCAGGCCCCUGCAAACUCUGGUUCUCUAUACUUUAAUUAUAAAGGUACAUUCUCCGUUGUAUUGCUGGCCUUAGUUGAUGCAGAUUACCGCUUCCUGGUGGUUGAUGUGGGGAGCUAUGGCAGCAACAGUGAUGGAGGAAUCUUUGCCAAUUCUGUACUGGGAAAGGCACUCAGAAAUGGAACUCUGAAUGUUCCCCCACCAAGUGAACUUCCAGGUGCUCCUGAGCUGGGAAAAGUUAACCAUGUCAUUGUGGCGGAUGAAGCUUUUCCGCUGAAACCAUAUCUCCUCCGGCCAUACCCUGGACGCCGCCUCCCCACAGACAAGAGAAUUUUCAAUUAUCGUUUGUCUCGGGCACGGCGCAUCUCUGAAAAUGUAUUUGGCAUCCUCAGUCAACGCUUCCGGGUUUUCCAAAGAACUUUACAGGUUCAACCAAGUGUUGUUGACAAAGUUGUCAAAGCUGCUUGUGCGUUGUGCAAUUAUUUGCGCCCGAACGGAAAUGACCAGAAUCGUGCCACAGAGGAUGACCAUGAUUGUGAGCAACCACUACAAGGCUUUGAACAUUGUAGGGGGCAGCGGGCAUCUGUGGAGGCCCAAAAUGUCCGAGAACUGUACAAAGAGUACUUCAACUCACCAGCAGGAGAAGUUGCUUGGCAGUAUGACCAUGUGAACCAUGCUCUGGGGAACAGAUAAUAUCAACCUAUAAAUUUGAGCCAUUUUAAUUACAUUUUCCAUUGAGAAAACUGCUAGUGUAUGUGUAUAUAUACAAUUUCUGUGAACUUGAAUACACUAUCAAAUCUAUUGCAUCUGAUUCUUCAUUAAUUAAUAUGGCAGCACUCACCACAGCAAAUUAAAUAUUUUUGAUAUAACAUGUUCUAUCAAAGUUAAAGCAUAGUUUUUUUUUGCAAAAAGUAAAGUAUUUGGUCACUUCAACAUAUACUUAUUUACAACUAAAUGUAAGUUGUAUUUUUGAAAAUGUGUAUUUUUAAUAAACAUUUUUACUAGCA